GUGAUCCGUGAGCGUGCCAUGUUUGCGGAAGUAAAUGAAGUGGCGCUUGGGUCUCAGUCGUUAGCUUGGAAAUGGACCGAAGAGCUCCAGUGUAUAAGCGAUAAGACUUAUUCGUGCUGUGGUUCUGUCGACGACGUUCAGAAGGAUGAAUUUACCGAAGGGACCCGACUCUUUGUGUUUUAACAAAGACGAGUUUAUGAAGGAUGAUUUUGACGUGGAUAAAUUCGUGGCGGACUGCAGAAAGCGUGUCCAGCUGGAGGAGAUGCGCCAGGACCUGGAGCACUAUUACAGGCUCCUCAAAACAGCCAUGGUCGAGCUCAUCAAUAAAGAUUAUGCUGAUUUCGUCAACUUGUCCACAAAUCUUGUGGGAAUGGAUAAAGCUCUCAACCAGCUCUCUGUGCCUCUCGGCCAGCUGCGAGAAGAAGUGCUGAGUCUGAGGUCAUCUGUCAAUGAAGUUAUCCAAGCCAUAGACAUACAGCUGGCCAAGCAAGAUGACAUUCAAAAGAAGAAGGUCUGUGUGUUAAGACUUAUGCAAGUGGUUCGAUCGGUGGAGAAGAUUGAGAAAAUCUUACACUCCCAAAAUGCCCAAGAUACCAGUUCUCUCGAAACAAGCAGUCCUCUGGUAGCGGGUCAGAUUCUCGAGCGGAUCGCCACCGAGUUCAACCAGCUGCAGUUCCAUGCUGUCCAGAGCAAAGGCAUGCCUCUGCUGGACAAAGUGCGCCCGAGGAUCGCUGGUAUCACUGCCAUGCUGCAGCAGUCUCUCGAGGGUCUGCUUAUUCAGGGCUUACAAACAUCAAACGUGGCCAUGGUGCGUCACUGCUUGCGCACUUACGCCACUAUCGACAAGACCAAAGACGCCGAGGCCCUGGUGGGACAAGUCUUAGUCAAACCAUACAUGGAAGAGGUCAUAACUGAACAGUUUGUGAAGUCCAGCCCUAAUGGCCUUCAAAUGAUGUACGCGAAGGUUCUGGAGUUUGUGCCUCAUCAUUGCCGACUGCUCCGGGAGGUCACAGGAGGGACCGUUUCUAGUGACAAAGCUGACAUUGUUCCUGGAUAUGACUUCCUUGUUAACUCUGUCUGGCCGGAGACCAUUAAAGGCGUUGAAGGCAGAAUCCCUUCUCUUUUUAAUCCUGGCAAUCCAGACGCUUUUUACGAGAGGUACUGCAUUAGCAUGGACUUUGUGCAGAAGUUUGAAAGGCAGUGUGGAUCUCAGGCGAGUGUAAAGAGACUCCGAGCACACCCGUCCUAUCAAAGCUUCCACAACAAGUGGAACCUCCCUGUGUACUUUCAGCUGCGGUACAAGGAGAUUGCUGGAUAUCUGGAAAAUGCCACUGCAGAUGGAUUAAAAGCAGCUCCAGCGGGGGGCCACUACCGGCUACAGGUGACUGACGUGUUAUGGAGCUGUGUAUGCAGGUGUUGGGCAGAGCACGUCUACCUGCCCCCUCUCGCUCACCGAUUCUGGAAGCUAACGCUGCAGCUCCUCUCACGUUAUGCCACCUUUCUCACUGAGGUCCUAACAAAAACCCCACCUUCAGAAACCACCAAAGAAGCCGCAAGACCUCUCCCAAGCUCUGCCUCCUCCACGUCGAGCCGCACCUCUCAGGACGCAGACAGCGAGAGCGGUGGUCCUACAGUCCUGUCCACCAAACAGCUUGUUUUCAUUGCUGCUGAUGUGGAUCAGUUACUGGAGCAGAUUCCUGACAUCUCUAAUAUGGUGAAGGAGAGAUUGCAGGAAAUUGGAUUCCAAAACCUUGCACUUGUGUCAGAUGCCUUGGACGACUCUAAAGCAGCUUUGUCCGGAUGCAUCCCAACACUGAACAGCAGAAUGACUCAGAACCUGACAGAGAGGAGCUUCCGCUUUCUGAAAAAUGCAUCAGAAGUUCCCCGACUUUACAGAAGGACCAAUAAGGAGGUGCCCACCAGAGCCUCAGCUUAUAUGGAUAAUGCUCUGCAACCCCUACAUCAGCUGCUCACUGACUCCACAGGAGUGGUGAAGGCCUCCAUCAUCCAGGAGUGGCUCCGUGUUGCACUUUCAGACUGCACACACAGAUAUUUUGAAACCAUAUCUGAUGUGCUGAGCUCUGUGCGGAAGAUGGAGGAGAGUCUGAAGAGGCUGAAACAGGCGAGAAAAACUGCCACAACAAGCACAGCAGGAGCCAACGCUGGGCCCUCAGAUGAUAGCAAGAUCCGUCUGCAGUUGGCCCUGGAUGUGGAGUACCUUGGAGAGCAGAUUCAGAAGAUGGGUCUCCAGCCGAGCGACAUCACCAUGUUCUCCGCUCUGCUGGACCUGGUGCGGGAGGCGCGGGAUCUCGCCACAGCAGAGCCGGCUGGCUCCUAGGGCUCGCCGUUCGGGUUGACAGGAAUUUCCUGAUCUACAGCACUUCAGCAGGCAGAUGCUCACAGAGGUUUCAGGGAAAGCAAAAAAGGCUUCCCCAGUGAUUCACAGCCAUGCUGCUCUCAGUGAAGUUAUAAGGUAAAAAUCACAGACCAUUGAGCUGUGAGCUCUGCCUGUGAUGAAGAAGCACACUACAAGAAUGUGUCCAUGAGGUCAGAUGUUAUUUAUUGUUAAAUCCUAUUGGAUAAUUUGGGAAUGAUAAGGUUAAAUAGCAGUGGUCAAAGCGAUUGAUAAUGAUAUGCAAUGUAAAUUCUGAAUAUAAUGAUUGUUUGGAAUGUACUGGCAAGGGCCUACUAUGCCAUUAUGUCUUAUAACCUGUCAUUCACAGUUACAAAAAAAAUUGAUAUGACAGCUUGUGACUUGGACUCUGAUGUUAUGAAAAUGAUGUCAUAAGAUUAAGCACUGCGUGACAGAAUUAAUUAAAUAUAUUUUCUGCCUCAGUGCCUCGUCUGAGGCGAGCUGCCAAGUUGAAGCUCAGUGCUCUCUAGAACCUGACUGGAUGCUUCUUGCAUUUCACACACCAUGUCAACAUGCUGUUAUCAUUCACAUGUUCUACCGGACAAGGCUGAGACUACUGUAACUUUUCAACAUAUUCUUCACAAUAAAAGGCUUGGAAAGUGAUGGCCCA